AUGAGCGGGCACCGUGACCCGUGCCGACUGAUCACCAAGGAGAUGCCGGACGCGGAGGUGGCAAACUUGAUCCUCGAGUCGGACGCAGCUGACGCCGCUGACGUCGCUGCCGUGGCGGAUGGCCCCUACGAGCCGGACCGGGCCGUAAGCUACGUGGACGACCCCGACUUGGGGGCGGCCACCCUGGAAGAGAACGCCACGGGCGGUGUCUAUGGAGCAGACGGCUCCGAAGGAGGCGGAGGCCUCGAGUCCUGGCCUGAUGAGGCCGAUGAUGAAGACGAGCCGCGCCACGCGCGGGCGCCUUUGAAGGUGGCUGCGGGCUCCUCCACCGUGCCGACCGCACAAGCCGGCUCACGCAAGCGUAAGCAAGGCGCCGCUCUCUUCGGCAGCGCGCCGAAGAAGACCAAGAACCCGGCCGCCGCGACCAGGAGGAAGGAGGCCGCCGCCAAGGUGGCCAAAUUCCAGAGGCUCCCGAAGGCGCCACCCCUGGUGUCGGUGGCUCCGCUCUCUCUUGAGAAGUCGGCCGCCGCCUCCAUCGUUGGGUCUGCACAGACUUCCUCCACCUCCCGGCGAAUCAAUCCGGCUGCCGACCUCUGGGAGGCAAAGGAGCGGAAUUUGCGGGAGGCACGCACGGAGCAGGAAGCCGCCCGCCGGGAGAAGGCGGAGGCGGACAAGGCUGAAGCCGCCGCGCUGCAGAAGCUGGCGGAGGCCGAGGCCGCCACCACAGUGAAGAAACGGCUUGAAGAAGCCGCGCGCCGACAGGAGCCGCUACUCGUCGUGCCCCUGAGCUCCGCGCCUCCGCCGCCAGACUUUGUGGCGUCGACUGGGGGAGCCGGCGACGAGCACUCGAUCAUGGAGAGGGAGGGCGGCGACGUCGCUAUGCCGGACGUGGUAGUGCCCCCACCACCGCCAUCUGUGGGAGCGCGGGACAAGCCGCCGGCAGAUCUGCCGGUGCCGCCAGCCGGGAACGAGAUGGUGACGGGCCUGACUCCUGAGGCCCGCACACCAUCGCGUCGCCGGCCCGCGAUGGCGACUUCAGCACCUCGCCCGCAGGAAGCCGUCACCGCGAGCUCCUCGAUCCCGGACGCCGAGGCGACCAGUGCCGCGCCGGCUUGUUGGACACCGAAUCGAGCUAUCUUGGAUGUCCAGGCCAAGCUCCGAGCUGAGGCCGAUGCCCUCAAGAGCUGCAACAAGGCGUUCCUGGAAUCACGAACGGCCAUCCGGAACUAUCACAAUCUUCGUGCGGCCGCCUUCAACUCCAAGGUCCAAGAGCUGGACCAGCGGACCGCCGACUUGUCGGAAAGCCGGAGGGCCAACGCUGCCUUGCAGCAGCAGCUUGGUGAGGCCAACACUGCACUACACGCCAAGGAGGUGGAGUGCAGCAAGCUGACUGAAGAGUGUGACCGGAUGGUCACGCAACUGGCGGAGCAGGCGGAGCCGCUCAAGCAAGCCCAGAAGGAGGCGGAGGACAGGGAGGCCGGUCUCCUUGCUGAGUUCGCGACUGAACGGUCCGCCUGGACCGACAAGGAGGCGAUGCUGACCUCCGGCUUCCAUGAGAUCAAGGACAUAGUUGAUGACUUCUUUCCUGGUCACUCCGUCGCUGCCAACCAGGCUAUCGAGGCUGAUCGCGAGCAACAGAGGGCGGAGGGCGCGCAGAUUGCGGCCAACGCCCCCCGGACCCUCAGCGAACAGUUCAUCAGCAUUCAGCGGACCACGUUUCGGCUAGAGGCCCAAGGAGAGCUGGCGGCGAUGGAGCGUGCCCUUAUCACUUGGGCAGCAGCGAUCGCCGACUACACCGACACCAGCGUCUUCAUCCCCGAGCUGACGGAGGAGGGCGUCUCAGCGCAACCAGAGUGGUUUGUGCUGGAUCCGGAAGGCGGCGAGGACUCAGCCGAAGUGAUCGACUCCAGCGACGAGGGGGAAGAAGAGGAGGACGAGGAAGACGAAGAGGAGGCACCAGAGGUCGGAGCAGACGGCCAGCCUCAGCUCGACCUCGCCUCCAGCAACGAGCCAUGCCCAAGUGAGCCGACUGCUGAUGGAGGCGACCAAGCGGAGACUGGCCAGCUGGCCGCUCCACCAACCGGUGCCACCGACUCCGCCGUCCUGCCAAACUCGUCUGAUGCUCCCUAG